CCUAUUACAGGUUAUUAAAGCGACACCAACGGCCAAUGGUUGAACGAAAGCGGGCGCAAGUGGCAGAUCUAAAGUUUCAGUCAGAAGCGGAGCUUGGAGAGUGCUCGAGCCUGCUGUCAGGGGAGGAGGAUAAAGAGACGUUGACAGCUGCGCCCACUUGCACCUGCAGCAGCCAGCCACCAUCCUCCGAGGACAGUCGGGCAUGUUCCCAGCUCCAGGAGGAAGAGGAGGACAAAGCUGAACAGCCGGGCGAUCUCUUGAGCCACCUGAGCCAGUUCCUAUACCAGAAGCUGGGCUUGGGCAAUGACGAGGAGCCCGUGCACAUCCUUGACGAACCCAGCAUAGAUGGAAUUGUGCGAUACAUCCAGGGUGGCAAAUGCAAAAACAUCAUUGCCAUGAUUGGAGCAGGCAUAUCGACAGGGGCAGAGAAGACAACUUGGACGUUAACGCCUGCAGGUAUCCCAGACUUCCGCAGCCCAAACAGCGGCAUCUACUCCAAGCUGGGGAAGUUCAACCUUCCCUCACCUGAGGCUAUCUUUGAGAUUGGAUACUUUCGGAGGAAUCCAGCCCCAUUUUAUGCCCUGGCCCGCCAACUCUUCCCGCAGGAUCUUAAGCCAACGCUGAGCCACUACUUCCUGAGGCUGCUUCACGAGAAGGGCCUGCUGCUUCGUCUCUACACGCAGAACAUCGACUGCCUGGAACGUUUGGCAGGCAUCCCAGCGGAGGCCAUUGUGGAGGCACACGGCACUUUCCACAGUUCCCACUGCCUGUCAUGCAACCACGAGUACUCCCUCGAUUGGCUGAGGGAGCAGAUAGCUGCAGAGCCUGUGCCUCUGUGCUUGGACUGCGGCUGUCCUGUCAAGCCAGAUAUUGUGUUUUUCGGCGAGAGGCUGCCGGACCGGUUCUUUGACCUAUCUGAAGAGGACUUUGCCAGGUGUGACCUGCUGCUCAUCGUGGGCACCUCCCUGCAGGUGCAGCCAUUUGCUGGACUGGUGGACAAGGUUCACAAUUCCAUUCCUCGGCUCCUGAUCAACUUGGAGAAAUGUGGCCACAGCAACCUGGUCAGCAAAAUCCUGGGGCUUGGGUGUGGCUUGGACUUCGACUCGGAGGCCAACUUCAGGGAUGUGGCACUCCUGGGCACUUGUGACAGUGGCUGUCAGGAGAUGGCUGACCGUCUGGGCUGGAAGGAUGACUUGUUGCGGCUCAUUGAGCAGGUGGGCGCAGGCAAGGCAGAAGCAGUUGAAGCCAAGGCAGAGGCUGAGCAGAAAGUGGCUGCAGCCCAGCCGGAAAUGGUCAAGCAGCUUGGAGGUGCAACAUGAACGGCGGUGACAGACGGCACCUUUGCCUAAGCCCCCGCUGUAUCUCUAUAGGCUAAAAUACCUUUUUCCCCAUUUUAUGAUCACCUUGUUACAUAUAGAUAUUCUUUACAAGACUAGUUACUCCAUCUUCCAUGUCAAGUUUGUCCAGUAUGUUCCACAAAUCUUGACGGCCCGCCUCGGUGGUUUCGCGGCUAUGGUGUUGCAAUACCAAGCAAGAGGUCGCGGGACCAAAUCCUGGCCGUGGUCGCCACAUUUCGAUGGAGGAGAAAUGCAAAAAAAAAAUGCACAUUAAAGACCCCCUGGUGUUCAAAAUUAAUUCGGUGUUCCCCACUAUGGUAAGCUUCCUAGUCAAGUCGUGGUUUCGGCAUGUAAACCCCAUAAUUCAAUUCAAUUUGGGUACGGCAGUACCAAAAGAAUGCAGACUUCUAACCCGCUAGCAAAAAUAACCGAAUCGUGUGAUAACUGGCAAAUGAUCAUUAAUACAAACAAAACGGUUUGUAUCCUUUUUACACUACACACUUAACGGCAGCCUCAUAACUAGAGUUAACAACAUAAGUAUCUUGGUUUAACAAUAACGUCCGACUUAACAGGACAUCACAUAUUAACAACGUUACUUCUUGUGCAAUACAAAAAUUUUUUUCUCGAAAGGUGCCUGCGGUUAGCACCAACUAGAAUCAAACUUUUAACUUAUAUUACAUUUGUGAGACAUGUACUUGAGUAUGCUAAUCUCGUGUGGUUCCCAUACACUAAAACUAACAUAUCCAAACUGAAAAGCUUCCAGAGAAAGGCAAUUAGGUUUAUCUACCGAAAAUACCAGCACAGUGAUUCACGCACUCUUCUCCUUGCACAAUGAGGGCUUGCAACUUUGGCUGUUCGAGCAAAACGAGUUCGUCUAACAUUUGUGCAUGAAAUACUACACAACCGACUAAAAAUAAAUGCCUCUGCAUACGUUACCUUUUCUAAAUCCCACAUACUUCGUCAUAAUCAUCCGUAUACACUAAACGAGUUCCUUUGUAGUAACAGUACUUUUCAGUGUUCCUUUUUCCCUCGUCUUGCUCGUGAGUGGAAUAACCUAGAUACAUCUAUAAAUAUAAUAUCGCAGUAUGAUUUUGUUAAGUACAUGGAAGAUGAAAUAAGUAGUUAGGAAAAAAAUGUUUUUUUGCACGUAUAAUUGCCAGAACUCCCAUUUUCUGAACUAUAUGUAAACAUUUACCUACUUUGUUUCUUUUUGUUUUUGUAACAUUGUAAUAAUAUUUGUGUACAUGUAACUUGAAGUGUGCUAUUUAUGUGAGUUGCUCUGUUAUUCGUAGUAGUGUUGUUGUAAAAUUGUGCAUUGAACCUGAUUGAUGUAUUUCCAUUUACAUAUUUGGAUGUUUUUACCGUUCGGUAUAUAAAACAUGCAUUGCAUGUGUAAUCAUAUGCCCACCUGCUAUGGUCUGUAAGUAAGACUGGCAGUAUUGUAAAUAUAUGAACCCAAUCUUCUUGAAUUACACUGUCAUAGGCUCCUUUAAUAUCCCGAAAUGCCAGCCAUAUCGUCCUGUGUUCAUUUUCUGCUUUUUCGAUGCACUAUGUCAAUGAGAACAGAUUGUCCUCUAGCCUCCUUUGUUUUCGCAACCGAUUUUGUAGUUCCCCCAGCACUUCCUCGCCCUCAGCCCAUGGCUGCAGUUUGUCCUUUACAAUCUCCAGGCUUUGUCCCCCUUUCGCUUAUAUGUAUUAUGUUCAUGCUACUUAGUCUACACCCAUCGGGGGCUUUACGCUUUGUUAUCGAUUUUCUCACUACUCCUCUUAAUGUUUGCUUAGAUUUUGAUCCAAUGUAUUUAUUAACAUAAUUGGGAUGCCGUCAGGUCCUGUCGAUGGGCUACUAGAAACCCUCUUCUCUGCCUUUUCCGACUCGCUUUGUUCAAGUGGAGCCACUGCACUGACCGUUCUAUCCUCGCAUGAUAGAGUAAUUGCAAUAAUCCGUUGUUCUUUAAAUUUUUUUAUGUCACCAUUGUUAUAUGUUCCAUUGCCUCGUCACCUUCUAGCCGAAUGCUUUAAGCUGUAACUACAAACUUAUGCUCUACUCUAGCCUUAUUGUUCAAGAAGUUGAGAUAUGUCCAGAAAAUUUUAGUGGCUUUUAACGCGACAGCGUUAAAGGCCCGAUGUCGCAGAAAAUCCGGCGUCCGGUGUCGGAGCUCGAAUCUCAAAUCACCCAUAACCAGGCCCUCCAUGUGGCACAAUGAAGUUACCGAACUAAUUGAACAUCUCAAGCUAAAAUACUUAGAAAAAUCGUGAAGUAUGACUAACACAACUUACAGACAUGAUAGCGUCGGUUUGUAAUUUGAAUAUACGGGAAAACAUAAUUCUGUGGCGAGGAAACUCAAACAAACCCCUUUCCCAGCGUUUCUACAUUUCACAGGCCGGCCACAGUGCCUGCCAUUUGCGCGCGCCGGCGUGCGAAUAUCAUAGAGGCCACAGAGCGGUGCGCCUGGUUCUUUGCAACACAUCCAGAUGGCGCUCGCACCCGCCGCAUAUGGAAGAAAGUAAAUGGGCUGGGAAAGUGUUCAGGUAUCUGUACAGGAAAAACAUUGAUUCACAGUGGAGGAAAAGAACUAGGAAGCUUACCAGCAAGUAUGCGGCCUGCUGGGUGGCCAACACAACAACAAAGGUCAAGCGGAAAGUCAGAGAAGCUGAAUUAAUCUCAUGGGUGGCGGCAGUGGAAAAGAAACCUGCCAUGAGUAACUACUUAAGAGGAAAAAACGAAAUCAGGAAAGAAACCAUUUAUGAUAACUCAAAGGGAAGCUCAUUACUUUUCGAAGCGAGAUCAGGGUGCCUUAGAACACGCACCUAUAAAGCGAGAUAUAAGAAGGAAGAAGAAGCAUGUGCUUGCUGUGGUAAAGCUAGGGAAACUACGGAGCAUGUUUUAUUGGAAUGUGAAGACGUCUACCCAGCGGUCGAAUUAGGCACCACUGGCCUCCUUGAAGCCCUUGGGUUCAGAGGGAGCAGUGGUAAAGCAAACAUGUCCGCAAUAGACAUUAGUAAGAGGCGACUGGAGGAUUGGUGGAAGAAAAGUAGGGAAACGACAAAAGACGGAGACGUGCAAAAGCACAGUUCACAAUAGGGGAUCAGAAAAUUUGGGACGUGGUAGUUCAUAGUGUUUUUUUUUGUCUUUUUUCAUUGUUUAACCUAGGUAGAAUAUUAGGCAGUAUAGUAGCAAGAGCUUGGUGGCGCAACCCACUGCCCCGUUCCAAAGGGGACGCUCAUAACAUCCAUCCAUCCAUCCAUCGCGACCCACGCAAGAGGCCGCGUCUUUACCAGAAAGCGUGUCUUCGUGCAUAGCGUUUCAUACGCUGCAUUUGCCGUGCAGCAUGAGAAGCAGUCAGAAAUCUGAAUGUUAUAGCGUUCCACUCAUAAAGGCGAAGCUUAAGCGUCCUCCAAAUUUGUCUAUUCUUUUUCUUUACUUCUGACAACCAUUGGGUCACCUUUCUACUAAUCUUCUUUCGAUUAAUCCCUUCCAUAGUUGAAGAAGUUAUCCCAUUUUCAGUUUACUUCAGUGUCUGGUUCACCCUUUUGCUUAGAAUAUCUGUGUUCCCUGUAUGUUUCUUGACGUUUCUUUACGGCCUUUUCAACCUCCUUAUUUGAGCAGCCUUCCGUCUUCUUUUCCCUUUGGGCCUGACUCGUACGUUACCAAGCUCUACCUCACACAGCCCUGGUAAAUUUGAUUAGUGUUUUCAGAAAUUACUUCCUCAAUUUUUUGUGUUACUAUUUCCAGCUGCUUUUCCGAGUAAAAUAACUUCAAUAGCUCAACAUAGCCUGUGACUUUCUUAAGCUGCGGAAGGCAUCGGCCGCCCGACCACCUAACGAAAAAGCCCGCAUAAAUACCCAGAGAAAGCCCCACGGUAAGUCUUGCGGCUAUUUCGCUAUCCGGCUACCUUUGUCAGCUUCCCUACACCUACCACGGUUUAAAACUGUCGCCCUACAGUGCUUACACCUUGCACAAAAACUCUCAUAAAAAAAAGUACAAAAUCGCUUAGCUUCGGUCGAGGUCGGCCACUGCUGCCUCCUUGCGGUCCGUGUGCAGUCCUCACCAGAAGGCGGCUCUUAUUGUCGAGAUUUAUUAACGAACCAGAAUAUUGUCCUGCAAAUACUUGGGCAGCAGUGGGAGGAGAGGUAAGGAAUCAUCCGUCAAGAAAAAUGUUAAGGACACAGAGAGGGCCGGGUAUGUGGAAAUCAGAGAUGCAAACCAAAUCAGCAUUAUAGACAUACAAGACGUUUAAGCAAGAAAUAGCCAAAGAAAAUAUUUACGAUAACUCUAAGGUAAGCUCGUUGUUUGAGGCCAGGACUGGUGUACUGCGGACUAAAACGUACCGAGCCAGAUACCAGGAGAUAGACUUGUGCGGGGCGUGUGAAGAGGAGGAGGAAACGGCUGAACACCUGAUACUUGCUUGUAAACAACUUCGCCCUGCAGGUGAAUGUAACGGGGAACUAUUCAAAGGUUUGGGUUUUAAAGACAGUGAAAGCAAAAUAGACUUUGAACAGGUAGAAAUAACUAAACGGAGGCUAUCUGAUCGGUGGAUAAUAUCAACGCAUAAGUAGAGUAAAUACAUUAGUAUACAUGCAUAUAGUACCAUACAAGACUAGGUGGCGCGCGCCGCCGCCGCCCGAUUCAAAGGGUUGAGCCUCAUUCCUCUAUCCAUCCAAUGGCGCAGCUCUCGCGCUACGAGGACAUAAAAUUUUGGUCUAUAUAUCGAACUAUUUCGCAAUACCCUUUGAGUUUGAUAUUAUCGGGAUCAACUGUAAGGCCAUUCAACGUGGCGUUGUAGUCACAGUCAAAGAAGGUCAAGCCAAACCUCAACAAUACCGCUUUCUUUGUGCAGCAUCUCAACUCACAUGUUUUGUAGUGAGUAAUGCGAGAAGGAACACUGAAUACGUUAUUAAGAUACAAUUACUUGGGAUGUGGGCGUUAGAAUCUGACAUGUUAAUCUUGCUACACCAACUUGUGGCUUUACAUUUAGAUUUUUUGAGCAUAUUGACACGUUUACUGUUGCUUAUCUUUCUCGGUAGACCUCUUUUCACCGGCUAACAAAUGUUGAAUGUUAUCGCUUAGCUCAGGACGCGCCUGCAUGUGUCGAAAGUUUCUCGAAUGUUAUGGAUGGUUCUAUUCGUUGUCUGUUGUAACCGAACAUUGUGUAAUCUGAUUGUAUGCUUGACACAAACUGUGUAGUGCUUUCUGGAAGACACAGGAGCACCAGCGAUUACUCUGGAACCUUCGAUGACGCAUAUAUGAAGGCUAACGCACUUGACCCGCAGAUCAGAUUUCGACGAUGGCUGACUGUGUUCGCCGCUAUCAUUGUGCAUUGAGUGCAACGUGCUUUUGAGGGUACAUGCUUGCCCAAUAAAAAGUUAGUUUCGUGA